UUUCAAUUUCUCGCCUCUGUUGAGUGCAGCGCGCAGAACAGCGACAUCAUGCGGCCGCGGUGUGAAACUGCACGCGGCUGUUCCUGAACCAGCAUCGUGAUGACCGCACAUCAAUGUGGAUCAGGAGGAAAGUGAACUAAGCUGAUCUGGACUCAGCAUCACAGUUCAGUUUCUCACUUGGCCAAUGAUAAGGGCUGGUGACCGUCUAUUACCUUAUCAGAUGAAGUUUCCUAUUUCGGAUGAUGUUACCAAGGCUCACCAAAAUAGAUCAAAAGUGGGACGACAUUACACUAUUAUAAAUUACAUUACCUUACUUCAUAUUCUCAGUAGUACUGUAUUCAUUGCAUCUUAAAAAAUGCUUUUGCAUAAAUGUACAUUUGAUAUUGUGAGCCAAUAAGAAUGCUUUUAAUAAUAACAUUUGAGUGAAGCAAUCCAGUCUUAAUUCUUGAUUAGUUAUAUGCUUUGCUUUGCUUUAAUUCAAAUAAAUUGGUUUCUCUGUGAGGUUAUAUGGCACCAGAUCUGUUAGUGCCUGUGUAGUUUGUUUAUCUCCAUUACUAGGUAACAGGUGUGCUCAUCUUACCAGCUGCUGGAGAGAAUAUAUACCUUUGGAUGGAUAUAUCCACCGGGACAAAACAUCAAAGCACAUGAGACAUUACUAUUGAUGCUCACAGAAUAUACAGUAUUAGAAUUUAAUUCAGGAAAAAUAACUUAAGGCCAACAGUUAAGAGAACUAAAAAUGGCACUGGCAAGUGGACACUGGAUUGACAAGGAAAUUGCAGGAGUACCUCCAAGUCCAAGAUAUGGUCAUGCGAUUGCUGUUGCAGGAAAUAUUGCAUUCUUGUUUGGAGGAGCAUCAAACGUAAACACAGAGGAUUAUCUUCCAACAUAUCUUCAUGACUUUUAUAUGAUUACGGUUUCAGCUAAUCGUGUGACGUGGGAGCAGAUGCCUCAAAAAGGAGACGUUCCCACAGCAAGAGCAGGACACUCACUGUGUGUAGUUAAAGGCAAACUCUACUUGUUUGGAGGUUCAUCACAUCCUGAAGCUAAAGAAUGUUUGCCUGGUGUCUACUGCUUUGAUAUCGUGACUAUGACUUGGGAGAAGCUGCUCACUGCCGGUGUAUCUCUGAGGACAUUGAAAAACAGUUCAGCAGCUUUAGGAGAGAAUAUCUAUGUGUACGGAGGAAUCCUGGAUGGAGUCCCUACAGAUGAUCUUAUGAUGUUUAACACAGUGUCAUUGAUUUGGAUGCCAAUCAAAACAACUGGCACCCUCCCCUCAGAAAGGUUUAAUCAUUCACUUGCUGUAGUUGGUGAGCAGAUAUUCUUGUUUGGAGGAUGCUCAGAGGAUGGUUCACCUCUCAAAGACAUAUAUGCCCUGAAUACAGAAACCCUGAUCUGGGAACAGUGUAAAGUGAAAGGAGACUGUCCUGUCGUUUGCGCUGGUCAGACUUUCACAUCACAUCAUGACAAGGAUAUUUACUUAUUUGGGGGAACAGUCACUAAUCCAGAUGGAGCAGAGACAUCAACCAGUGAAAUUUACAAAUUAAGCAUCGCAAAGAUGAAGUGGAAGAUACCGCUGUAUGUGGGAAUUUCUCCUGCCAGACGUCAUGGACAUACAGCAUUCAUUGUCCAUAGUCAUCUUUAUGUGUUUGGAGGCAAAAAUGAAGAGCAAGAAUUGAAUGACCUGAAAAUAAUGAAAUUAAUCAAUCCAUCUGAAAGACAGCCAGUGAUGAAAGAGAUUCUGUCUGAGUUUGGACUACAUGGAAACAGUUUCGCUCCAACAAAGAUACCUAACGUGAAGUAUGAGCUCAGUCAGUCACCAGUGAUCAUAAAAAGCUACAAUGGUGAACAUAUUCAGGUGACGGGACAUAGAGAUUUCAAAGCAGUACGUGAUGAGGCUAUGAAAAUGAUUCACAAAGCCUUUACUAUAUUAGAUGAUGAGUUCCAAAAAUUAGACAGGGAGAAGGCUGAACUUGCACGAGACACAGAGAUUCUGCGAAAUGAGAGGGAAGUUCAAAAUGAGCAUCUCCAAAGACAGAAACAGGAACUUGAGGACAUGCUGGAGAGACACAAAGCUCAGAAUGAGGCUUGGCUCCGUGCACGUGCAGACGAGAAUGACAAGGAAAGGAAAGAGCUGUGUAAACUAAGGGAGGAGGUGCUUCACGAGCAGGAGAGAUUAAAAGAGGAGCAAUGCAACAUCCAAAAACGCAGUGAGCAGCUCCUGUCCAUUAUGCAGCAGUUCAAAGGCAUGUGAAGACACUGUCUCCAUGGCAACCACACAGGGAGACGGCCAAAUUUUGUUUGGGAAACAGCGAGAUUAUCGAUGCCACUCCUUUACGGUGAUAUUUGGGGUUGAUCGUCUGGCUGAUGAUCUGGUGAUUCUGCUGUGCGUGUCACAACACAUUAGACAACUAAAUUGCUAACUUUAGACAAAGAACAUGAUUCCUUUAUGACCGGUUAAAAAGGAAAUCCUUAAAGGUGCAGUGUGUAACUUUUCAUCUCUUGACAGAAAUGCAAUGUAAUAUACAUAAAUUUAUUAUCUGUGGUGUAUAAAGACCUUACAUAAUGUACUGUAUUGUUUUUAUUACCUUACAAUGAGACGUUUUAUCUAUAUGCAUCGAGGGUCCCCUUACAUGCAAGUCGCCAUUUUGUGCCGCCAUGUUUCUACAGAAGCCCUUAACAGACAAACUUUGUUAACCAUGUGCCUCCGAUGAUGACAUGUUGGUCCAGUGACGGCUACAGUUGCGUCUCUAUUCGUUUUCAAAAGCGAGUGGUGAGCCAUGGACUGAGCCGUUGGUUGCAAUUCACAACCUCAUCACUAGAUGCCGCUAAAAUUUACACACUGCACCUUUAAAAAUGCUUUAAUGGGUUAUUUUAUUAUUUCUCCGAAACAUAAUAUUUGAUUACUAGUUUGUAUACAAAGUUGUCUGUAAAAAUGAUCAUACUUUCAUGACUUGUUCAGGGCCUUUGCAUUCCGUGUAUGCCAUACAACAGUGUUGUGUAUUUCAUUGUUAAUUAGUAAAGCACAGAAAUUGGACUGUGAUUGGACUUUUAUUAAAAGCAACUAUUAUCCCAUAGCAACUUUUCCUAUAGCCUAUUUUUAGAACAAAUAAAUAAACAAUAUAUUAUAAUAAUAUAUAUAUAAUGAAUU